GAGAGCGCCUCUGGUGGCCCGCGGGUCCCCCAGCUGCAGACCGCUCGCUGGGCGCUUUGUGCGGUUCCCGGCUCUCGGAGCGGACUCAGAAAACCUGAAAGGCCAUGAUGUCUACGAAACCCAAGCUUCACUAUCCAAACGGAAGAGGCCGGAUGGAAUCCGUGAGAUGGGUUUUGGCCGCCGCGGGAGUCGAGUUUGAUGAAGAAUUUUUAGAAACGAAGGAGCAGUUGCAGAAGCUGCAGGAUGGUAACCACCUGCUGUUCCAACAAGUGCCAAUGGUUGAAAUUGACGGGAUGAAGUUGGUGCAGACCCGGAGCAUCCUCCACUACAUAGCGGACAAGCACCAUCUCUUCGGCAAAGACCUCAAGGAGAGGACCCUGAUUGACAUGUACGUGGAGGGGACACUGGAUCUCCUGGAACUGCUUAUCAUGCAUCCUUUUCUCAAACCAGACGAUCAGCAAAAGGAGGUGGUUAACAUGGCCCAGAAGGCUAUAAUUAGAUACUUUCCUGUGUUCGAAAAGGUUUUACGGGAACACGGACAACGGUUUCUUGUUGGUAAUCAGCUGAGCCUUGCAGACAUCAUUUUACUGCAGACCAUUUUGGCUCUAGAAGAGAAAAUUCCUAACGUCCUGUCUGCCUUUCCUCACCUCCAGGAGUUCACGGUGAAAAUCAGUAACAUCCCUACAAUUAAGAAAUUCCUCGAACCUGGCAGCAAGAGGAAGCCGCCCCCGGAUGACAUCUACGUGAGAACCGUGUACAACAUCUUCAUGCCGUAGAGUGGCUCCCACGGCUGCGAGUGAGCGCCAGCCCCGAGGUUGCUGCAUCCACAGUAGCGUCUUAAUGGAAGCCAGGCUGUCGUGAUCCAGCUGUCGUGGUGCUGUGUGUAGUUGUCCCUAAGUUGGUCUUUCAUGUCGAGGAGCUCUCUUCUAGAAGCAUCAACCUGUCUUGUCCAGUGAGUAAUUGUUAUGGGACCCCCUUCCGAAAACCUUUUUUGGAGAGGCCGGCAUUUAAGUUAGAUCUGCUCUGUCUGCUAAUCGCCUGGUAACGAGCAUGGGCAGGACCUCGUGUUCUCGCCUGAGCUGCUUUUCUCCUUUCCUUCUCCCAUUCUAACCACCCCCUGCCCCAGGCUCGUCUUAUUUUUGGUGCCUCAUGACAACGGAAUUCGCUAGAUAGUGAGUAACUCUCCUCUGAGUUAUAAUAGAUCCAUGGUAGUCAUGAAUGCCAUCGAUAUUUGCCAAAAUAAAGGAUUUACAAAUCAUU